AUGACUGCGAUUAUUCGCAGAGCAAUUCAUUUAAAACACAGAAUUUACUAUUAUCACAGUGAUUUUCUUUUGCCUUAUUCUAUUAAUUUAAAUGGAAUAAAAUACAAGACGACGGUUGAAAACAACGAACCAAAACCACAUAAUCAAAUAAGCGAUACAAAAAAUGAUCAUUUGUUAACUGAACGUCAAUCAGCAACAUUUAAUGUUGAAGAACUAACACAGUUUAUGUUUGGUGGACCUGGAAAUUAUUUUGAGAUCAAUACACGACGUCAAAUCAUUCGUCUGGCUCUUGAUCAUCCGAUACAUGGUACACAUUUACCAUUUGAAUAUCUCACAGCCGAUGAAUAUUAUUCACUUACUAUUCGCAAAAGUCUUUUAGCUAUUCAAGAAGCAAAACGCUUAAACAUUACUAACAACAAACAUCGUAGAUGGUUUUUUGAUAUAUUUGUCAAUAACCGUUUCGUAUUCUUUAUUCAUACAAUAAUGUCUUUACAUUCACUCGAAACGAUGACUACUGAAGAACAGAAACGGCAAUUUUUGCCACUUGCUCAAUCUUUUCAUAUUACUACUGCUUAUGCACAAACAGAACUUGGUCAUGGAACAGAUGUACAACGAUUAGAAACAGAGGCUGUAUUUGAUCCUACAACGGAUUCAUUUAUACUCAAUACACCUACAUUGACAUCGACUAAAUUCUGGCCAGGUGGAUUGGGUAGAACAGUUAAUCAUGUUCUACUUAUGGCUCAAUUAUACACACCUGAUCGUAAUCAUCCAUGUGGUUUACAAAUGUUUUUAGUACAAAUCCGAGAUUUGAAAACACAUGAACCAUUACCAGGAGUAGAAACAGGUGUGAUUGGUGUUCAUUUUGCGCACACUUUUGGUGACAACGGUUAUCUUCGAUUGAAGAAUGUGCGCAUUCCACGUACUCAAAUGCUCAUGAAAUUUGAUCAAGUUGAUGAACAAGGUAAAUUUCAUAAUCAAAGUGAUGCUCGUCUUUUAUAUGGUACACUACUUCAUGCACGCAUUUAUCUCUGUGAAAGCGUCACAGUUGCUCUUGCUCAAGCAAUUACUAUUGCUAUGCGUUAUUCAGCUGUUCGAUUUCAAGGACAAAAUUCAAAUGGAAAUGAAAUACGAAUUCUUGAUUAUCCAUUACAACAAGCGAAGCUUAUACCAUGUCUAUCUGCUACCUAUGCAUUUGUCAUUACUUUCAUGAAACUUGAUAAUUAUUUCAAUGAAUUAAAAACAAAUGAAGAGAUUUAUCUUGAACAAUUGCCUGAGAUUCAUGCUCUUUCAUCCGGUUUUAAAGCAUAUACAACAUUAAUAAGUGAGCGAAUGGCUCAAGUAUGUCGUGUAGCUUGUGGUGGCCACGGAUUUUUAGUAGGAAGUGGAUUAGUAGGAAUUAGGAACUUUCUUGAUGCAGGUUGUACUGCUGAAGGCGACAAUGUUGUUUUACUUCAGGAGACUACUAGAUAUCUUCUAAAAGUUAUGCAAGAAGUUGAAGAAAACAAUGGUAAACAUAUUGAUUCAUCCGUUGCUUAUUUGAGUUUGCCAUUGUGGUCAUCAAGAACAACCAUGAAUCUUGAUGAUUACUGUCGUGUAUUUGAAAGUCGAUCACAAUUAUUGAUCAAAGAGGCCUGUAACACAAUGUUAGAAUUAUCGUCGUCACCGUCUUCUGAUGAAUUCUUGAACAAUUCAAUUCAACUCGUACAUAUAGCUAACGCUCACAUGGAAACAUAUUUGAUGCGAGCAUUUUAUGAACAAGUGAAUAAAGCCAGUCAACAUCCAUCAAUUUCAUCAAUUCUUGAACAACUCUUUUAUGUCUUUGCUAUUCACACAUUACGCAAUGAAUCAGCUGAUUUCAUUCGAUUCAAAUUAUUAUCAGCUGAUCAAAUAUAUGAACUUGAAACUCGUACUUUACCUGAUAUGUAUUCUCAACUCCGUCCAAAUCUUGUUGCUCUUGUCGAUGCUUUUGAUUUUCAUGAUCAUGAACUUGACUCUUGUUUGGGUCGUUAUGAUGGACAAGUAUAUGAAGCACUAAUGGAACGAGCUCGACUCAAUCCAACAAAUGGACACAAAGUUCAUCCAGCUUGGUUGUCAUUAAAACAAGGAACAUUAUCCAUACUCUAG